AUGGCAGCGGCACGCUUGCAACGAUGGGCUCUGUUUCUAGGUGCUCACACCUACACCAUUGAAUUUAAAGGGACAAGACAGCACGGAAACGCGGAUGGACUCUCACGCCUCCCACACGAGCCACACCCGGUGGGGAACAUGACUGAUCCAGCUGACGCGUUCCACUUGACUCAACUGGAGUCACUUCCGGUCACAAGAGCUCAGAUACAAAAGGAAACCAACAGAGAUCCCUCAGUAUCCAAGGUAUAUGAGUUGACGUUGAAUGGAUGGCCAACUCAUGGCUACCCCCUGCUACCUGAGUACUCCACCCAUCGUGACCAGCUAUCAGUGUGUCAAGGCUGUGUCAUGUGGGGCUCACGUGUCAUUGUACCACCCAAGCUGCGUUCAAGAGUGCUGGAGUCACUGCACGAAGGGCAUCUCGGUGUAGUAAAGAUGAAAAGCCUUGCUAGAAGCUACGUCUGGUGGCCUGGCAUAGACAGCCAAAUUGAAAACCUCGCUAAGACCUGCAGUGGGUGCCAGCAGAUACAGCGCCAGCCCCAGACAGCACCCCUCCACUCAUGGGAGUGGCCCACUACUCCAUGGCAACGUAUUCACAUUGACUAUGCAGGACCCUUUAUGGAUCGGAUGUUCCUCAUUGUGGUGGAUGCCCACUCAAAGUGGCCCGAAGUAUUCACAGUGAAACAGGCCACAUCUGCUCAAACUGUGGACAUGCUGCGAACACUCUUCUCACGCACAGGUUUGCCUCAACAACUGGUGAGUGACAAUGCAAGCAUAUUCACUGGGGAGGAGUUCCAGAAGUUCAUCAGGAAGAAUGGUGUCAAGCACAUUACCUCAGCUCCUCACCAUCCUGCAACAAAUGGAUUAGCGGAGCGUUUUGUACAGUCUUUCAAACAGUCGAUGAAAGCAAUUAUGUAG